UAUCGUUCGAAUCAUCUCCACAGCCUUAUCCAUUGACACUUCACUUCAUAAAUUUUUUUUCUGUACCUGGAGAGAAAUCUCUCCGUCCAAACAUGUAGCAACAACCUCCCCCCCAAUAUGCAAGACACCCUCCAUCUCUCUCCCAACACCACCACCACCAAUGCUCUCCCCCCCAAACUCAACUUUCCUACCAAACCCCCCAACUUUCCCUCACUUUCUCGCCCAAGAAACCUCCACUAUCCCACCCUUUCCUCCACCAAAACCACCAUCUCCCUCCCUCCCAAACCCCCCAAAACCCCAAAAACCCCCCCAAACCCCCACUCCGAAUUCCAAGAAAAAAUGCUCUACCUCGAUUCAAUUGGGAUCGACCUCUUCUCCCUCCUCUCCACCCACCCUCCCAUCGUCUCCGCCGCCGCCGCCGACAUCAAAUCCGUCGUCGACUUCCUCCGCUCUGCCGCCGGCCUCACCUCCUCCGACCUCCGCCGCAUCGCCGCCAUGUGCCCCGAAAUCCUCACCUCCAAAAUCUCCACCCUCGUCCCCAUCUUCACCUUCCUCCUCCGCGAAGCCGCCGUGGAGGGCUCCGACCUCCGCCGCGUCAUCCACCGCCGCCCCCGCCUCCUCCUCUGCUCCGUCGAGUCCCGCCUCCGCCCCACCCUAUACUUCCUCCAGAGCAUCGGCAUAGCCGAAAUCAACAAACACACCUCCCUCCUCUCCGCCUCCGUCGAACAAAAAUUCAUACCCAGAAUUGAUUACUUUCAAAAAAUCGGAUUCAAUUACCGAGACACAAUCUCCAUGUUCCGUAGAUUUCCAUCUCUGUUUUGUUACAGCAUCGAACACAAUUUCGAGCCCAAAUUCGAUUACUUUAUGGUGGAAAUGGGGAGGGAAUUGAAAGAACUGAAGGAAUUUCCACACUACUUUUCGUUUAGCUUGGAAAAUAGGAUUAAGCCUAGGCACCGGCGUUGUGUCGAGAAGGGCGUGUUUUUAUCGCUCCCGGCCAUGCUAAAGACUGGAGAGGAGAGGUUUCAGGGUAGAUUGGAAGUGUGUUGUAAUUCAUCAAUACCGGUGCACAAAUCAGAUUGUGACAUGUGGCAACAAAGUCAUAGUUGGGGUGUGUAUUAAUCAAAGGAUUAUGUGGCAAGGAAAUGGUAGUCACAUGUGCGAUACAGCAAGAGCAUGCCAUGGGCUAAGAUUGUGGAGCAGUUGCAAGCUUUAUUGGAGAUCAUGGGCUAAUUUCUAGGAGAUGUUGAUGUUAAUAGGAAUUUCCUCUGUCGAUCAUGCUCAUUAGUUGAAGGGAAAUUGGGUGAUGAUGUGGCUGGGGGUUUAAAAGUAAAGUUGGGACAAAGAUAAAAAGUUUAAAGAAGCAAAGGAGGUUGCAAGUAGUUAUAGAUUUUAGUAAAAUGGUCUCCUCUGCCGAAGGUAGUGCUAGAGAUCAUGGGGGACAUGUGGCAAGUCUGUGUGAAGUGCUGGAGAAAGAUGAAGAAGCAGUUGCAGCAGUUGGGGAAAAAUUGGCCAGCAAAUUUCAAGGAAUGUGGGAUCAUGUGCUAGAGUUUUAAGCGAAAGUAUAAAAGCUGAAAGUUUGCAGAGAGAAGGAUCAUCAACAACACAAAGAAUUAGUUUUAGACUUAACAUAAUCUAGGAGUAGCUUUCUUAGUUUAGGAGUAGUUUCUUCUAUAAUUCGUAUCCUUGUAAACUUUUGUGAAUUUUAGUAGUUUCAUCUUGGAAUUACUUUUUGUUUGCUUUGUUUGCUUUGUAACUGAUUAAUUGUUCCAGAGAAGUCCUCGUUCCUUUGAGGCAUUUGAAUUAAUUACACAAUUGCUUGGUUA